UCUUUGCGCCGUAUGCCUGUGAGAAGUGAAGCAUCACAGCACAGUCUGCACACAAAGAGACAGGGCAGGAUGUCUGGGCACCUACUCAGCACCUUGCUGCUCCUCUGCACCCUCAUCGUGGUUCAAGCUUCAAACGGUCUGUCUUUACAGGUGUCUCAAAGCCCAAAGGUAAUCGCCCUCAUGCAGCUCAACACUUCUGCAGAGAUCUCCUGUUCUGCCACUGUCCCCUGUAAAGAGUUGCAUGGACUGUCUCUGAAGCGGCGAUUCAACGGCAAUAUACAACUGUUCUACCAAUAUAUGGCCGUGGAGACUGAUACGGUACAUCAGGACUUUAAAGGCAGAAUCUCGGUCACUCCGAAACCCGGCGACUGCUGUGAGUUCACCUUCCAGCUGUCUUUGCUGCAGGUGGCGGACACCAAUGGCUACUACUGCAGUUGGGAAAUCUUCGAUGAGAACAAAGCGGAAAGCAGUACUCUGGAGAGCAACUACACACUCAUCAUAGUUCGGGAGCGCAACCCUGAAGAGCCUUGCACCGAGCCGUCAGGCACGCAGCUGCAUCGGCUGAUCCUCGGCCUGAGUGCCGUGGUGUGCGCUGUCAUGUUCCUCAUCUUCGCUGGGGCCCUGAUAUGGAGAUGUCUGCUGAAAAAUGGCAAAUACAACCCUCAUCAAAGUAGUCAACAUAAAGCCCUUCAUCAUCAAAAUCAUCAGCGUCGUCCUCUACCUCCUCCUCCUCCUCCUCAGCAGCAGCAUCAUCAUCAUCAUCAUCAUCAUCCUCAACAAACUCAGAAUCAUCAUCAUCGUGAUCAUCUUCUUACUCAACAUCUCCAUCUCCACUCUCAACCUCCUCAUCUCCAUCACCACUCUCAACCUCCUUAUUAUCCAUCUCAGCACCGAUCUUCACAACACAGACGUCAUUGAGAAGCCAGCAGUGCACUCUCUAAUACAGCUCUGGAAACAAAUACGAGACCAUUGCACAUUUUUCUGAUGUCAUCCUACAGUUGCUGAGUGACAUUUUGAGUUGACGGUCACAUUCAAAAUUAAAAGACCACUGCAGAUUUCAGUAUGACUGCAUGUCAACUCAUUUAAAUGUCAUGCAGCAACUGUCAGAUAACAUCAGAAACAUUUGCAGUGGUCUCUUAAUGUCAUAAUCAUUCAAGAGCAUUGUGAGGAAAUUUAGCGGAGAAACCUUUCUGAUCUAAUAUGAUGUAAAUUUGAAGCUGUAUGCGUGUGUAUGUACGUUGUAUGUACGUUGUACGUUGCAUGUAAAUGUGUAGCCUAUAGAGAUGAGGUGUAGUCUUAAAUGUAAGCUUGUGGCUUGUACAAUGCAAGGGAAAUGCUGUGCAGGUGCAAGUAAUGCUAUGCACCUUUUUGUCUUUGAUGUUUACAUCAGGUUUGGGUCAGCGAAUGUCUGCACCUAUGCCUCUCACCACAUCCUCACUGCUCAUUGCACUUUUUGAAAAGGAAGUCAACCCAGGCCUUUUCUCAUUUUUUUUUCCAAUACAGAAAAAAAACUGAAUUUCACCGGUCACAGUGUGUCUCAUCCUGUCUCUGAGAUGUAGGUCUGUUACGGCGGCAUUAACAUUACUGCUGUGUUGUGGAGUGUACUUUUUCCUCAGUGAUCUUAUACGAAUGUGCAGAUUUAACAUUUCCCCAGACAAUCUUUCAGUUACUGUACUUAUAGCAUCAGUUACAACAGUCAAAUACACAAAGUCGGUUACAACAGAAGAAAUCCGGCGAGUUUUCACCUAUGUGUGUUUCUGUGUAACUGAUAUUCUCUCACAAACAAGUCUUUUGCUGAUUAAUGAUGAUUUACAGAUUUUUACUGAAGUUUACGGGAACAAAGAAACUAAUUGUGCAGAGGUGGUACCCUCACAUAGCCUAAACUUCCUUUUAAAAAAAGUUUGUCAUACUUUCCAGACCUUAUUUGAAAGUUUCAAUGGAGAUAGGAAAGAAGUGCAUCACAUGCUUUGUCAUCGAGAUGGCUAAUUAUUUGUUGUUGUGUUUGUUUAUUCAUUUGAUGUUCAUAGUUUUAUGCAUUUUUUGUUUUUAGCCAUGAUUUAAGAGUCCAUGGUCCACUAUGAGUUAUCUGAGGAAGGCAUGAAAUUGUAUUGAUGUUAUUGUGAUACUGUUUUUUUAUGAUUGUAAUACUUUGUUUGAUAAUAAAAACAGUGAAUUGUA